UAGCGGUUAGCUCCAUAUUUGACUGAGUUUUUAUAUUGAAUAUAUCGUAAUUUACCUUUUUGUUGUAUUAGACCAAAGGGUGUUAGUAUAUUAUGAAAUAAGCAUGGUAACAAACAGACACAUUUAGUUUAUCAAAAGCAAAACGACUGCAAAACAACGGGCAGCACGAACAAAGGCUAAGGUUUGUUAGCAUUCCUCACAACUAUGACUCUGGCAGUUGGACGCGAACCCAGGAAGACUGCGGGAAACCGCAUGUCCAAACUCCUGGAUGCCGAAGAAGAGGAUGAGUUCUACAAAACAACCUACGGAGGGUUCAACGAUGAAUCGGGAGACGACGAAUAUCACGGAGAACACUCGGACACAGAGGACGAGGUGGACAGUGACUUCGAUAUCGACGAGGGCGACGAGCCAGACAGCGACCAGGAGGAAGACGCUCCCAAGAGGAAGAGUCGGGUUGUCACAAAAGCUUACAAGGAACCCAUCAAGGUGGCAAAACCCAAACCUAAAAAGCCCAACGAGGAGCAGAAGAGGACAGAGAAAACCAAAGUGGAGCUCAAAAGGAGAAUUCCUCUAGAGUUUCAAGAUUUUGCUGAACCUCGUAAGUCUGUGCGGCAGUCCACCAGUGAACACACGAGGAAAACAAACCUGCGCUUACAGGAGCGCCAGGAUGCUCCCCGGAGACGGAGAGGCGCCCACCGGGACCGACCCCUGACCCAGGAAGAACUGCUGGCAGAGGCUAAGAUCACCGCUGAGGUCAACAUCCGGUCUCUGGAGAACUACGAGCGUUUGGAAGCAGACAAGAAGAAGCAGGUCCACAAGAAGCGGCGUUUCGAGGGGCCGACCAUCCGCUUCCAUUCGGUCCUGAUGCCCCUGGUCUCUCACUCGCUCCUUAAAGAAGAAAACGUCGAUGUGGAGGGGCUGGAUCAGGACGUCUCUCAGACGGCACCACAGAACCCCCCCGCGACUUCCCAGCAGCCCACCGGAGGCCUGUGCUCCCGCACUUACGUAACGUUCAGCGACGACGAGGCCUUCGAGGCGGCCUUUCCCCCCAGCGCCCAGUCCGGCCCGCAGAUCCCGGUCCAGGAGGUUUGCCCCGUCACGCACAAGGCGGCGCUGUACAGGGACCCGGUCACGGACAUCCCUUACGCCAACGCGCGGGCCUUCCGCAUUAUCCGAGAGGCGUACCGCAAAUACGUGGCGGCUCACGGGUUUCCGAGUAGCUCGGCGGGAGCCGCGGGGGCGGACCCCUCUGCGAUGAAGGGGGUCCGCCAGAAGAUGGUCGUCAAGCAAAGCGGUGUUUCCGCAUAGGGAGCCGUCUCUUUUCUUCUUCUUUGUUCCCUACGGGAACAUCUACAGAUCAUUUGGUGACUGAGCAGAAGUUUUUCAUGUUGACUAAACUGUCUACAAAC